AUGAACCAUAUCAUCCCUUUUCCACAGGGAGAUGCAAUACAGAUCCUAGGACAUCAUACGAAUCAGGCAUAUAUAGAAUCGGUAUUGAACGUUUUGGAUUGUUACACAUUAUCAGAAUACAACUGUCCUGAAUUAGACAAACAUCAAAAAGUUUUGGAGAACGAUUUCUACAUAGACGUUGGGCUUAGCUCUGUUAUAAAACCACUUGCAAAUACAAUGACUAUUCCAACUACUUGGUUUCGUUUUGCUUCUAAAUCACAGCUAGCAGAACUUGGAGAACAUCCACCAUACUUUCCAGAUUCUAUUGGGAUGCUAUCUAAGAUCAGAGACUGCACAAAAACUUAUGGUCAACCGUAUGUUCUUCUUAUUCUAACUGAUGACAGUGGCAAUGAAAUCCGGAUAAAUAUUUGGAAAGAAUGCAUUACGAAUCCCACAAAAUUCAAUCGCAGUCUACUCACUCCAUCUCCCGCUAUGACAGUAGUGGCGGUUACAAAUUUAAAACCUUCUGUUUCUGCAGGAACAUUACGUCACGGAUCAUCACAUGCUACCCAUGUAUAUGUAAAUCCACAUAUCCCAGAGACCACAUCACUGAUGAACCUGUACACCCUUGAAACCAAGUACAGUGAUCCACAUCGGCCAUCAACAAGACCUACAGGGAUGCCAGCAAAGUUGAAGGAUAUCAAAGAAAAAACACGAUUGGAGCUCCUGGACAAAACGUUUUUAGUCAGAGCAUCUAUUACAGACUUUGUAUUUCAAGACAACUGGUACCAAAUGACAUGUCCAACCUGCAGAGAUCCAAUCUUCAGAAGAGGCCCACAAUGGUACUGUAGUGCACACUCCAAGAUUGAAAAGCCCAUACUAGCGCACAAGUUCAAUGUCACAAUAAACGAUCCUACCGGCAUAAUAUCAACAAUCAUAUUUGACACAUCAUUUCGGAAACUUCUAGGCUCAAGCUUUGAGGAUAUACUAUCUGAGAAUAUACCUAUCAACAAAAAGAGUUUGCCAGAGGUCAUCACUCAGCAAAAAGGAAACCCAAAAACAAUGUCCAUCCAACUGCUAAGAACAUCGAGUGAUGAAAAUCGACGCUUCAUCAUAAUUGACAUAGAGAUACCACAAAUUGCCCCACAAUCAGCAAUUCCAGUAACUCCAUCACAAACUCCAAUCACUAGGUCCACAGCACAGCACAACCCCCCCCCCCCCAUAUCAAACAUAACCACAUAA